AUGCCGGCCAUCAGGUGUCUCGCGUUCGUCGUCGCGUGCGUUAACUUCCUCGGGAUCGCCCUUGCGGACACCGCAGUCGAUGUGCCGAGAACUUUGUCAAGGUCUAAAAGAUACCUGGUCUUCCCGGAGGGUAGCAAUGUACAGGUAAAACAAUCUUCUUCAUAUCGACUUUAUUUAGGUGAACAGAGGAGCACGGGCCUCGACGGUAGAGCCUGCGUGAUGAGAGCACUUUGCGAGGCGGCUCAGAGGGAUCCCCAGGAGCUGGGAACGGGCAGUCUGGUCCAGGAACUACUCCAUGCAAUCUUCACGUUCGUAUAUGUAUUCCAUCAAUUGUUGCCACAAUAUUCGUUGUAA